AUGACUUGGCCUGCAUGUGUACAUGGCCACGGGGACUAUGUAUAUGACACUAUCUGCAGAAACUGUCACUCUGACACUCCACAAUUCCACUGUAAAGAUUGCUUCAGCACAGAGCUGUGCUGCCAUGAUUGCAUUAUCGCAAGUCAUACUAAAAAUCCUUCGCAUCGGAUCCAGGAGUGGACGGGCUCUUACUUUGUGACCAUCUCACUGAAGACGCUAGGGUUGCGUGUGCAGCUCGGUCAUCCAACAGGUGAACGAUAUCUGAUGCCAGAAAGGGCCUACAACGACGAUUUCACUCUCAUCGAUACCAAUGGAAUCCACGAGAUCGGCCUUGAUUUCUGUGGCUGUGAGACCGCACAGACACAUACAAUACAGUUACUUUGUACAGCUUGGUUCCUGGCAACAACGACUGAUCCACGUACCGCUGCCACUUUCCGAAUCCUCGAACAAUAUCACAUUCUGUCGUUUGAAUCCAAAUGUUCAGGCUAUGAAUUUUAUCAUGCUGAUCAUUAUGAAGCCUUUAUGCGGAUAGUGCACGAGUGGCGACAUCUAAAAAUGCUCAAGCGGGCUGGCUGGGGAUAUGAUUCUGCCAGUGUGGAGGGUACUGGACAUGGUGAGUGUGCUGUGAUAUGCCCAGCUUGUCUGCAACCAGGAAAAAACCUACCCGAUAAUUGGAAUGAUGCGCUGAAAGGAAAACGUUGGUUGUAUGGUCUCUUUCUAGCAAUUGAUGCGAACUUUCACCUCAAAAGGCGCAUGGUAUCUAAAGACAGCAUGGACCCUGGCCUCAGUCGCAGAUGGGCUUAUUUCGUCGAGGAGACCGCUUACAAGGCAUAUCUACAAACCUACAGUGGCAACCCGCAGGAGAAAAGUACAUGUUCAUUCCAUAAUGCGGUGAACAUGGCAGACACGAAGGUAUCUCAUGGUCUAGCUGCCACAGGAGUUGGGACCAUUGAUUGUGCACGACACAACAUGAAGUUGCCGAAUGGCAUUGGCGAUCUACAAAAAGGCGAAAGAUACAUGAAUAUGGAUUUUUUGUUCUUCUCGACCCUCCGUGGACGCUGCAUCGACACACUCAAUGUCUCGUACGACAUCGCUUGCCAGUGGCACAAGAACCUAUGGCAGAGGAUGUCAACAAUGCCACUCGACCUCCAUCUAGACCAUCUGGCGACAUUCGUUAGAUUUUUCGUUCCAAAAUUUCACCUCCCCGCGCACAUUCUGACACGUCAGACCAAGUUUUCUUUUAAUUUUUCGAAGUAUGUUGGACGCACUGAUGGCGAAGCGCCUGAACGUGGAUGGUCAAAUAUCAACCCUGUGGCCUCUAGUACCAAAGAAAUGGGGCCAGGCUCACAGAGAGACGCACUCGACGACCAUUUUGGUGACUGGAACUGGAAGAAGGUUGUGGGACUUGGUGCCACACUCCUUCGUAAAAUGAUCGAGGCCAAAGAGGAACAUGAGGCGCAUCAAACAGCAUUCCAAGAACUUGACGAGGCUCUGGUGCCAGAGACGACGGAGGCCUGGAAGGUUGAAAUCAAAUCCUGGGAGGAGAACCCAAACGAUUCAUCGGUCACAAAUCCAUUUGAAGCAAAGGUUAUUCCUGUUACACAAGCUGCUGUCCGGCUCAAACUUGCCCAACUCAAGGCAUCUGAGCUCCAUCAAGGCACUGACAUCUCGAUGCACGCUGAUGUGUCCCCAAGUAUAUUCAUCGCAUUGGGGAUUGACCUAGAGAACGAACAGCGUCGUUUGAAAGUAGAUAUCAUGAAGCAGGGUCUGCAUGCCACGGAUACGCAAAUGGGCACAGUCCAACGACUGCGGAAUGCAUUACAACACAAAAUUGAUACUUGGAAGCGCAUUCAAGCUCUCUACACCCCUGCAGUACAGCUCUUGGAAUCCAGGGUCCAGUCGCCUUCCCACAGCACCUCAGACACGAUCAAUCCCGAGGAUUCCCAGCUCUGGCUCCCAUCCGCUCUGUGCAGCAAGCCUAUACCUUGUAAUCCCCAACUCCUCACCAUCGAAUGGGAAUUACGACAUGCUCAGGCCGGAGACACCCUCGAGGAAAUCAGACAAAGUCUUCGCCUGCGGGACUACAUGUAUACCUUCAAGAGGGACUGGAUACGUGGCCAAAGCGCGAAUACUCGGGCCCAGAACGCCCUCAAUCGCAUUGAAGCCAGGGCAACAGCUGCAGGAGAGAAGUAUCGUGCAGCUCGCAUGGCUCUCUCAUCUCUUGCGCACGUACUUGGACAUGUUGGCUGGGAUAACAAAUACAGGGUUCUUGAGAGGAAGGACGAUAUACGCGGGAUGUCAGUUCCAAAGCGAGGGGAAAGUGAAGGGAUGAUGAAGAUGAAGUGGUACAAGAUAGUAAGCUGGAGUGUGAGUCACGACAGAAAGACGCUAAUUUUGCCAGCAGGUCUCAGAGUCGAAUGGUGCAAAGCUCGUGCAAGAUCCAUGCGAUGGGCAGAAGAAGUUGAGCUACUUCAGGAGGAGAUGCGCCGGGUGUCCUGCUUUCUUAGGUGGCACGCAUCAUGGUGGAAGAAGAAGAUUGCGGAACACACACUUCAAGGUCUAAGCGCCUAUGCCUAUCGUCAGGCUCGGCUCAGAGACAAACUCGCCCACUGUUUUGAGAUCAAGUGGGCAGCGCAUCUCCCACUGACUGCAGCCUGUAAUACUACGUGUCCAGCAGAUAGUGAAGCCGACUUAGAUCUCUACCUUCCUGAAUUGUUACUUCCUUAA